AAACUGAAGUGCAGUUGAGCUGUUGUGUGUUUGUGUCUCUGUAUUCAUACAGUAAAAUGGCAGAAGCCAGAAUUUCUCAGGCUGAGUUCACGUGUCCAGCAUGUCAGGAUCUCCUGCAGGAUCCAGUGGCCAUUCCCUGUGGACACAGUUUCUGUAAGAGCUGUAUUACAGACUGCUGGGAUCAGGAGGAUCAGAAGAGAGUCUACAGCUGCCCUCAGUGCAGACAGACCUUCAGUCCAAGACCUGCUUUAGCUAAAAUCACCGUGCUGGCUGAAGUGGUGGAGAAACUGAAGAAGACCAAACUCUCUGCUGACUGUUAUGCUGGAGCUGGAGAUGUGCAGUGUGACGUCUGUACUGGAAGAAAAUACAAAGCUGUCAAGUCCUGUCUGGUGUGUCAAGAGUCUUACUGUCAAACUCAUUUUGAUCAUCAUGAGGAAUUUCAUUCACGUAAAUCACACAAAGUGACUGAAGUCACUGGACGACUGCAGGAGAUGAUCUGCCAGAAACAUGACAAGCUCCUUGAGGUUUUCUGUCUCACUGACCACAAAUAUAUAUGCGUGCUGUGUGCAAUAGAUGAACAUAAAAACCACCACACUGUAUCAGCUGCAGCACAGAGGACUGAGAAACAGCACCAGCUGAAGGAGACGCAGAAGACGUUCCAGCAGAGAAUCCAGCAGAGAGAGAAAGAUCUUCAGCAGCUGAGAGAGGCUGUGGAGUCUCAUAAGCGCUCUGCACAGACAGCAGUGGAGGACAGUGAGAGGAUCUUUACUGAGCUCAUCCGCUCCAUUGAGAGAAGCCGCUCUGAGCUGAUACGGCUGAUCAGAGAUCAGGAGAAGACUGCAGUGAGUCGAGCUGAAGGACGACUGGAGCGACUGGAGCAGGAGAUCAAUGAUCUGAGGAGGAGAGACGCUGAGCUGGAGCAGCUUUCACACACACAGGAUCACAUCCAGUUCCUGCAGAGUUUCCAGUCUCUCUCAGCACCUCCUGAAUCUACAGACGUAAAUGACGAUCCCUUCAGUUCUCUCGUCCCUUCUGAUGCUCUGAGAGAAUCUGUCCAUCAGCUGAGAGACAAACUGGAGGAUUUCUGCCGAGAGGAGCUCAAGAAGAUCUCAGACAGAGUUGCUUCUACUACAGGUCCCUCUGUGUGCUACAACCAGUCUCCAGCAUAUCCUCAGAUUUCAUCCAAAACUACUGAUCUCAUAACUCCUUCUACAGCAAAGCUGAAAGCUGUAGAGGAACUCAAAGGCUCUGCUCCAGUGGCUCCUCCAGCCAAAUUGUUUUCUAUUGGACUGUCUGGAGAUUCUGCUAAGAACACCGCCAGCACUGAUGUCAGCUUGAAGGGCUUCACAUCUGGAUCUCAAAAACCAGGUUCUUUUGGGUUUGGAUUGAAGGAUGCUGUGGUGUCAUCUGCUGGCUCUGGAGCUCAGGCUGAGAAGAAAACAAUUCAGGCUGAUGCACCACAACAUAAGAAAGUGUCAGCAGCUCCAGCGGUCCCAUGUGACACGGCCCCCUGCAGCACUGAAAAAAGUCAUGCAACGCUGCAAGGAGGGUUAUUUUUGGCUAAAAAAGAUGGACAGUUGGAUGGCGACACUUGCCUAGGAGGAAAUAAGGCUACAUCUAGCCACAGCACUUUGUGUCAGACGGCAAAACCAAGUAUGAAAAACAAGACCUCUGCUGCUCCGUCAAGUUCCUCUUUUACCUCCGGUUUUAGUAGUUCUGCCAGCCAACCUGCUGCGACAGCAUUUAAAGCCAAUCCAGGCAAUGCUUUUCAGUUCAGUACAAGAACUGAUAAAGCAUCCUCAGAAGGCUUCAAGAUUGAGUCCUCUACAACUGAGGCUGAAAAGUCAUCAAGCAGUUCAAAUGUUUCAUUUUCCAUGCCAGUGUCCGUUGGUGUAUUCAGCGCUGCUACUGCAAAAUCUGAGGCAAAAACAUCAGACAAACAGUCACAAAAUGGAUCUACAUCAGACCUCCUCAAAAAUGUUGCUGAAGUUCACAAAGAGGAAGAAAAAGAGGCAGCCCCAAGUUCCUCAGAUCAGUCUGUAGAUGCUUGCGGUCACGAUACUGAUGAAGGUUCUGAAAGCGCAGUGAGGAAUCUGAAGGGAAAGCCGGAUGUGGAUGGAGCUGAUGGAGCAUCUGAUCAUGCAGGUGUUUCUUUGGGAUUUGCAUCUGCAAGUUUGUUUUCAUUUGCAGACAUAGUCAAGAGUACAGAGGAAUUUGCAUUUGCCAAUAAAGAUGCUAAUUUUACAUGGUCAAACGCCGGAGCCAAAGUUUUUGGAUGUGCAGCGACACAAAGUGAAGAAAAAGAGGAGGGCAUUGAUGGUGAUAAUGACGAGAUCCACUUUGAGCCGAUCGUGUCUCUGCCUGAGGUGGAGGUGAGGUCCGGUGAGGAGGACGAAGAGAUCCUGUUCAAAGAAAGAGCCAAACUGUACCGUUGGGAUCGUGAGCUCAGUCAGUGGAAGGAGCGUGGCGUGGGAGACAUCAAGAUCCUCUACCACCCCGUGAAAAAGCACUACCGUGUGGUGAUGAGACGCGAGCAGGUGCUAAAUGUCUGCGCCAACCACACCAUCAGCAAGAGCAUCGAGCUCAAGCCCAUGAACAUCUCGGCUAACGCGCUGGUGUGGACUGCCACCGACUACUCCGAGGGAGACGGGAAAGUCGAGCAGUUGGCGGCCAAGUUCAAGACUCCAGAGCUGGCCGAGUCCUUCAGACGAGCGUUCACUGACUGCCAGAGCCGCAUGUCACAGACUGACGCUGCUCAGACAUCUGCCGCCGAGGCACUUUCAAAAGAGUCCAACCCUGUGGUGUUCUUCAACAUCACCAUAGAUGGUGAGGAUGCUGGGAGAAUCAUCAUGGAGCUCUUCGCUCACAUUGUCCCCAAAACGGCGGAGAACUUCCGGGCUCUGUGUACGAGAGAGAAGGGCUUCGGUUACCUCCAGUCUGUCUUCCACAGGAUCAUCCCGGGCUUCAUGUGUCAGGGUGGUGAUAUCACCAACCAGGAUGGGACGGGGGGAAAAUCCAUCUAUGAAAAGAUGUUUGAAGACGAGUGCUUCGAGGUGAGGCACACAGGGCCGGGGCUGCUGUCCAUGGCCAACCGUGGCAGAGAUACCAACAACUCACAGUUCUUCAUCACCCUCAAGAAAGCAGAGCAGUUGGACUUCAAGCAUGUGGCCUUCGGCUUCAUCAAAGAGGGCAUGGAUGUGGUGAGGAGAAUCGGAGAGCUGGGCGCUAAAGAUGGGAAACCCACGAAAACUAUCACCAUCUCAGACUGUGGACAGAUUAAGUGAACUAUUCUAUGCAAACAACUGUUCAACAUGUUUGAGAUUGUGUUCCCUGAACUCUUGCUUAAAUCAGGACUUGUAUAUGCAGUGGUUUUAUAUUUGUCCUGUAAGUGUGUUAAUAAAUUGCACAGCACUAGUUGACAAUGAAACUUAUGCUUUGCAAAAAAAAAAAAGAAGAACAAACCGGUAACGCUUUAGAUUAGAGCCCACAAUUUACAGCACAACUUUUUUUUGUAACUGUACUGCACCUAUACAGUACACUAUAAAAUGUGAAUAAAAUAAUAAUAGAAUAAAAUGUGAAGUUUGGGGAAU